GGGGACCCCCCCGAGAUGCCGGUGCGCAGCGAGCGGGGCCGCGCGGGCGGGGCGGCGGCGCCUUCCUCCUCCUCUUCUUCCUCCUCCUCCUCCUCCUCCUCCUCCUCAGCGGCGGCGCCUUCCUCCUCCUCCUCCUCCUCCUCGUCCUCCUCGUCCUCCUCCUCCGCCUCGGCCGGGCCGGCCGCCAGCAGCCUGGUGCCGCCGCCCCCCAUCAACACGGCGCAGCCCGGCGUGGCCACCUCGCUGCUCUACAGCGGCGCCAAGUUCCGCGGGCAGCAGCGCAGCAAGGGCAACGCCUACGAGGUGGAGGUCGUCAUGCAGCAUGUGGAUAUGGAAAACUCCUAUCUCUGUGGAUACUUGAAGAUUAAAGGCCUUACAGAGGAGUACCCAACCCUCACCACUUUCUUUGAAGGGGAAAUAAUCAGUAAAAAGCACCCUUUCUUAACACGCAAGUGGGAUGCUGACGAAGAUGUGGAUCGUAAACACUGGGGGAAGUUCCAGGCUUUCUACCAGUUUGCAAAAACAUUUAACUCUGAUGACUUUGAUUAUGAGGAUCUGAAAAACGGGGACUAUGUCUUCAUGAGAUGGAAGGAGCAGUUCCUAGUCCCAGAUCACACCAUCAAAGACAUCAGCGGUGCUUCCUUCGCUGGUUUCUAUUACAUCUGCUUCCAGAAGUCAGCAGCAUCUAUAGAGGGCUAUUACUACCAUAGGAGUUCAGAAUGGUAUCAGUCAUUGAAUUUAACUCACGUUCCUGAGCACAGUGCUCCUAUCUACGAAUUCCGAUGACAACUGUCCAGAACUGGUACCGCACAGAAGCAAACCGGGCAGGGGAGCAUGGCCUGCCAGGAGAACUGUGUCCCUGUCGGAGCACGGGAAUGCACGCUUCUCUCCUGCCCCUCGGACUCGUGAGAGAGAGCCUGGAUGUUAACCCACCCAGCCCAAGGAGCGUGGCUGCUGGAGCUUGAUUCUCCCUCCUGUCGAGUGGCGAUUUGAUCUUUAAUCUGGUUUUAAGAUACCUUUAAUGCACUUUUCUUAUUGCACAGCUAGUUUCUCUAUCACUGAAAUUCCUCCCAGCUCUCCUCUGGAAGCUGUUUCUCGGUAGCUGGAAUCAGUGGUCUGUCCUCUGAGUAAUAAGAAAAUAUAAGCACGGUGCUUUUAUUUUCGUUGUUACGGCCUGAUGUGGGUUGAAAUCGCCAGGACUCAGGUUUGUUGCCCGGAUUGCCAGCUCUGAUGCUCCCAGAGCCAGGCGCAGUCGUGGGCGUGAGGCUCUGCUUGGCAGGCAGCCGCUCAGCUGCGCAGGCUGUCGGGGGAGAGCUGGUGGAGACAGAUGAGGCUUGAAUGAGUGCUCGCUUGGCGCUGGCUACCGAGGCCAGCUGGAGCUGCAGAUCUUUCAGGAACGCUGGCCCUUUGGAGCUGGGAGCUCUCCCAGUGUCUGGAUACGCCACUGGGAAUUAAUUUGUACGGACUUCCAGGCUCUCAGUAAAGUGGAUCUGAACUCUGCUUAUAGGUGUAUAUUUGCUCUUUACUUAAGUUAAGGGUUAUAAAAAAAAAAAAAAGACUUUUAUUAAAAAAAAAAAAUAUUUUUAUGGUUCCUUUUCCCAAGGACCCUAUGGCAAAUGCACAAUUACUCGAUUACAUUUUACUGUUUUCACAUUGAAAACUGGGAAUGUCUCUGUCAGUUUUUAUAUCCGUGUAUGUAAUCAGCUAGCCGCUUUGGGACAGUAACCGGAGUGCAAGUGCUGAGCAGCGUCGCAGGAACGCCUCGAACUGUUCAGCAGUUGUACUCGGCCUCCAUGCUACACCAACACCACUGCUUGAUACCUUUUUGCAAGGCAAAAGGAAAAAAAAAAAACGACAAAAAAAACAAACAAAAAAAAUCAGUAGCUCUCCUGACUUUGAAAUGUUUCAAG